CGGCGCGUUCCCGCCAUGGCGGAGCCGCCGGAGGCAGCGGCGGGAUCCGGCCCGGCCGCCCCUCCGUCCCCGCGGGCCCCGGGCGGGCCGGACGGGGAGCGCUGCCCCGGCGGAGCCCGCCCAGAGCCCGGAGGGGCCGCGACAGAUCCCAAGCCUGGAGCGAAGAAGGCGGGUGCUGAGCCCCUCCUGAAACCACCUGCUGGCCCGAAGCACCGCGGAAUCCCCGGAGCGUCCGCCAGGAAGAGACCCCUGAGCACCCCCAGGCUGAGGCUGAGCCCCCUCAGGAGCAGCCCCCGGAGGACGAGGAGGAGCCCUGAGCAGGAGCAGAGCCUGAAUUCCUUCAGUUUGUCCCCCCUCGUCGCCACCCCCCAGGGCAAACAUCACUCCUGGUGCCGCUCCAACCUCAAGGGCAGCAAGGGCCACAAAUCCCUGCCCCCCGUGCACCAGGACAUCACUGGUGUGUGCCCACGGCCUCCUUAGGGCCUCACUGGGUUACUCCCAAUUAAAACCUGCCCGUAGCCCCCUGGGAAGUGGCCUGGCAGGCCCUGGGAUCUGAGGAGCAGUGGAGAUGCUGCACUGAAGCUUCUGUUCAGGAGGAUUUUGCAGCUCCUGCCUUUUUAUUCCCCAAGUCCUGAUCCUUAAAUGUGACUUUUCCUCUUUCUUUUUCCCCUUUUUCUUUCUUUCUUUUUCCUCAUUUUCUCCUUUUCUUUUUCCCAUUUUUCUC